CGUCUCCUCUAUGCCUCUCACUCUCUUCUCUCAUGCCGUUCGUCGAGCUGAUGCCAUCGUUCACACCUCACGCGCAGGCUGCAGUGAACCCCUUCUUCUCCCCCCCGGAGAAGUAAUGAAUGAGGGCGCAUGAGGGGUGAAGGAGUGUUGGGAGGGAGAUGAACACAAACAGAAGCAUGACAAACGAAUAUGGUACGUUGCUCCCGGACCCCCGCCGCUGACAGCGUUAACAUACUCUUGUUUCCUUUUAGGUGUGUGACGAUGGCGUGAACCACGUAGACACCAUCAGUCUUCCCUCCCUGGCUUGGUCGUCUUCUACUUGUGCUUGCUGGUGUCGGAGCGGCAGCAGAGGCGUCAGCUGCAUCGUCAGCAGCGUGCGGCAGCGGGGGUUUCUCGCAGCUUCGGGGGGGGAAGAGCCGAUAACGUUCAGGAGGGAGUUUUCGCCCAACGUUGCCUACGGGAGUGGGGGCUAAGUCAGCCUGGUGGGGGUUCGUCUGUCCUUCUCCAGGAUGAAGCUGUGCUCUAGCACCAGGUAGAACAAUCGGUAACCCCGCAGGCAUGAUUUAGGCGGUCUCUUUCGGGACAGUAACACCCGUCAGCACCUCGUGGUCGACCCCUAUGAACACAUGAGAGGGAAGGAACACAGACAAACCAUGAAAAAGAUAUACAUUGGCAAAACCGCCUCAAAAGUCCCCCGAAACGGCGGCAAACAUCUGAAAAAGAGCUCAUUGCUGGUGCAGAAAGAAGACCUGCGGAAGCGACUUUCCUACACCACACACAAGCUGGAGCUGCUGCAGAGCGAGUUUGACGCCACGCGGCAGUACCUGGAGACCGAGCUGCGCCGCGCUCAGGAAGAGCUGGAUAAGUUUACCGAUAAGCUGCGCAGGAUUCAAAGCAGCUACUCCGCACUGCAGAGGAUCAACCAAGAUCUAGAAGAGAAGAUUCACCGAGAUUCGCAGCACCAUGACGACGAAAAGCGGGCGCUGAGCAGAGAGAUCAUCGUCCUCAACAACCACCUGAUGGAGGCCAAGCUCACCAUCGACAAGCUCCAAGAGGACAAUGAUGUCUACAGGAAGGAUUGCAACCUGGCCGCUCAGCUUCUCCAAUGCAACAAGUCCCUGUACAGGGCCCAACUCGACGAGCUACCUACCGACUUUCAGGAGCGACUGACUAUGCACAUGGAAGAGCCUCCGGUCUGCCGCACAUACUCGGACUCCGUGCCGGCCUCGCUCAUCGGGCAGGUGCUCGAGAAGCCCGACGAGGCGUGCAGCAGCAGCCAAGCCUCGCGCUCCCCCAGCCCUCAUACGCCGGACCACGCUUUCGUUCUGGAAACGUUGGCCCAAGGUGGGGAGCGCCUCGGUCUGCGCGCGGCCUACAAGUCCGACUUGUACAGCAGCGACACGGCCCUUUACUGCCCCGACGACCGGCACCGGGAGCGCAGGCCCAGCAUGGACCUUCACGGUCAGAGGAAGCUCCUCUACGAGCCGCAGAAUUCCACCGACAGCAACCCGGAGGAUUGCCCCGUGGGCUUGAGACCCUCUUUUACCCAGGAGCACUUUGCUGAGUUCCCCCCCUUGGGGGUGGGCUCCAGCUCCUACUCCAGCUUCAGCGGAGGGGGCUCGGAAGACAAAGCCAACGGCCCGCCGAGCAGCGCCGCUUCCUCCCCGCGCCAACACACCCUCUACAUGGAUUGGAGGGAUGCCGGGGACUACGAGAGGAAGAGCGACUCAUCCUGGGACAGGGAUAGUCCCAGAGGGUUCAGUAACAAUCAUCCCUUCCAGCAGAUGGAGAUGAUCCACCAGCAGAACAGCAGCUCGCCCGUGUACAGCCGCACCAUGUCCUCCUGUUUCAGCGAGCCCUACGAGCCCCUGCCUCAAUCGUCUUCCCCGAGCGUCGCCUACGGUGACAGUCGCCGAGGAAGCACCCUGGCCCCCGAGGAGGAGGAGGAGGAGCUGAUCGGAAGAUGGCGGCAGCUCAGCGCCGAAGACUUGAGCUCGCACUCUUACCGCAGUCCCGGCCGCGCUUCGCCGUACAGCUUCUCCGAGCAGCACUUCUCCGUGAGGCCGGCCAAGAUACGUCUGGGCCCGCUCUACAGCAGCUUCCAGGAAGGGGCCGACUACUACGAGCAGCAGGGAGCCGGCGAGAUGCAGGAUCCGGUGUGGGUGGCUGCGAGUCCGGAGUGCAGCCCGGUGCUCCGCCAGGCUCACAGCCAAGCCCGCUUGUACGAGGACAGCCAAGGCUCCGAGCACAGCCUCUACCACUCGGGCAGCUCCAAAGACCGAGAGGGCAAUGAGGCAGCCGGAGGCCAAAGUGCCGAUUAUGGGGAGCAAAGUCCCAACAGCUCCACCGAAUCCCUCAACCGCCGGUCCAUGGAGAUGGCGGCGGACCUUCAGCACUACCAGGCGGAGAUGCACAACCUGUCCGCCCAGGUGAGCCCGUCGUCGCCGCCAACGGCCCCACCGCCUCCGCCACCGUACCACCAAAAAUUUGCCUCUCUGGGACUUUCCCGGAAAGACAGCCUAACCAAGGCACAGUUGUACGGAACACUCCUCAACUGACGGACCUCGAGGGGAAAAACGGGAAUAGAAGCCACAGAAGUGUGUGUUGUGAACGUGACUGGUGAUGACUGGAAAGUGAGAGGCCUCUCUACAUCGUAAGAAUGUGUGCAGCGGUACCUUGACUUACAGGAUUUUUUUGAAGAAUUCAGUCGAUUUUUCACAUUGCGAGCCAAAAUUUAAAUAGCAUCGAGCUUCACAUACGCCGCCGCCGCUCGAAUUAAAUAUCGAGGAUGACACUCAUUACACUUUCAGUCGUUUAUUGAAUGGGACAGGGUCAAAAACAGACAUACAAAAUGAAAACACUCACAAGGAGCAUGAAGAAGCUCUUAAUGUCACCCAGUACAACUUUUAAAGGAACACGUCAACAUGCGACUACUACAAUGUGCGUGUGCCUUUUGGUUAUUUACACUUUAUGAAACCAUCUCACCUCUUUACAUUCUCUUUCCUUAUGUCUUAUGUUUUUAAAUAUUGCAGUACAUUUGUUUCUAAUUAAAACAGGUGUUUUUUGUGGCGCUGGAACGGAAUAAUGUCAUUUCAAUGGUGGUCACUGAAUCAAACCUGUAAAUCAAGGUACCACUGUAUUUAUUGUAUAUUUAUUGAGUAGAAAAUGACAGAUAUUUUUUUGUAUGUAGCUAUUCAAAUGACAAUUUUAGUCAACCUGAAACUUGUACAUACACAAAGUAAAAAACGGCCAACACUAUCUAUUAAAACAAACGCACCCUGAACUUGACGCCUGUAUAAACAGCAUUGGCCUUGUGUACCAGUCACGGUUAAUUAACAGUGACAAAUUAGCUCCGUUUUUUUUUCCUUUGAUUGAGUUUGACAGUCUCGGUUGGUGUUUUAUAUUGUUAUUACUGGAAUGUUUUGACACGUGAACAUCUGUCUUGGCAGUUUGUUUUAGUUCCUCUCUUCAUAUACGGACACAAAAUUCCUGCAACUCCAAAGCGCACCCCCUUGCCCCCUUUCGACCUCUGAUUUGGACACCGACACCUUCAUCAGGACGAUAUAACCUUUGUUCCUUUGAUUCACCACGCAUGAUUAGAUAUUUUCGGUUGUUUUGUUGGAUCAAUAAAAGCACAAAGUAUG